AUAGAAGUAUAUACAAAAAAAAAAUAAAUACAAACAAAUUCAUAUUAAGUAGGCGCACACACUAAGCGACUCGCCCAAGAGCCAAAAGCGAAAGAGAAACGCAAAAUACUUGAAAUAAAAGUACACAUAGUCACAGCAGCGGCAACAACAACAAUAAUAACAACAACAACAACAACAAAGACUACGCAAAAACCAACAACUGCGCAGCGCGUCGUUCGUUGCCGAUACGCCGCGCGCAUUAAAAAAUUUUCCAGCAGCGAAAACGCCACGCACUACCAGAUCAUUCCACAACAGCAACAACAACAACAGUAACAACAGCAGCAUCGCUGACGACGCCGAUUUUCGUGACGUGCUUUAAAUCAUCAGCAACAGCAGAAACAGCAGGAACAGCAACAACAACAUCGAAAAGAAGCUCAACAGCAGGAGAGAGGCAACUAGACGGGGACGUUUGCUGAUAAGAUUUCGCACGAGUGAGCGCUCUGAGCGCAAUUUUUAUCAGCAACGCGCCGCUGCGUCUUCGUCGUCAGCAGCGUUAGCAGCAGCAGCAGCAUUGGCAUUGCCCUACAACUGUUUUGGCGCGCAGGUCGUCGUCAUCAUCGUCACUAUUGUGAUCGUAAUUUCUGUGAGCAACUAGCAGCAGACGAUAUCGUGAAAAUGCCAAUGAACAACGGCCAAAAACAACAACUACUACAUCAACAUUCCGCCAGCAAUUCCAAAGGUUCGCGCGAUCGCAAGCAAACCAUUGGCGAAACGGAUAUGGAUCAAUCGGUGCUCAAUGGCGUUAAUGUCGAUAGCAGCAAUGUCACCUAUUUGGGUCACAAGCGUGAGCUGGGACACAGAGUCUUUGUCAACAGAUCGCUGCAUUUGGAAAACAUCAAGUACUAUGGCUUCGACAUGGACUAUACAUUGGCCGAAUACAAUUCGCCGCAGUAUGAGCAACUUGGCUUUAAUUUGGUCAAGGAGCGUUUGGUCUCAAUGGGCUACCCAAAAGAGAUAUUGCAGUUCGAGUAUGAUCCGACAUUUCCCGUGAGAGGUCUCUGGUUUGAUACGCUCUACGGAAACUUGCUGAAGGUCGACGCCUACGGCAAUAUUCUUGUUUGUGUGCAUGGUUUUGAGUUCAUCAAACACCACCAGGUGUACGAACUGUAUCCGAACAAGUUUCUCAAACUGGACGAGUCCCGUGUCUAUGUCUUGAAUACGCUUUUCAAUUUGCCGGAAACCUAUUUGCUGGCCUGUCUAGUGGAUUUCUUUACCAAUAGCAGCGAAUUUGUUCGCGUUGAACGCGGCAUCAAAGCUGGUGAUUUUCUUUUUACCUAUAAGUCGAUUUUCCAGGACGUGCGCCGCGCCGUCGACUGGGUGCAUUCCGAUGGUGACUUGAAGCGCCGCACCACUCAGAACAUGGCUCAUUAUGUGAAGAAGGACAAGCGUCUGCCCACUGUACUAUCGCGUAUACGCGAAUCGGGCGCAAAGCUCUUCAUGCUCACCAAUAGCGACUAUACGUAUACCAAUGAGAUAAUGACAUACCUCUUUGAAUUUCCGCACGGUGCCAAUCCGGAUGAGCCACAUCGCGACUGGAAGACCUAUUUCGAUGUGAUUGUGGUGGAUGCCCGGAAGCCGCUCUUUUUCGACGAGGGUACCGUUCUCCGGCAAGUGGACACCAAAACAGGUGCCCUCAAGAUUGGUACACACAUUGGUCCCUUGCAGCCGGGUCAAGUCUAUUCCGGUGGCUCCUGUGAACUCUUCACCAAAUUCAUAAAUGCCAAGGGCAAGGAUGUGCUCUAUGUGGGGGAUCACAUCUUUGGCGACAUACUCAAGUCGAAGAAAAUACGCGGCUGGCGCACUUUCCUUAUUGUACCCGAACUGGUUCGUGAGCUACACGUGUGGACCGAUGAGUGCCAGCUGUUUGCUGAGCUUCAGAAUCUGGACAUUAAGCUGGGCGAUCUCUAUCGCGAUCUGGACUCUAGUGCCAAGUUCAAGCCGGAUAUCUCACAGCUUCGCAAUUGUAUACGCGAUGUCACACACAAGAUGGACAUGUCCUAUGGCAUGAUGGGGUCACUCUUCCGCUCUGGGUCCCGUCAGACCUUCUUCUCCAGUCAAGUGGUUCGAUAUGCUGAUGUCUAUGCGGCCACACUGCUCAACCUCAUCUACUAUCCGUUUUCCUACAUGUUUCGUGCUCCUUCAAUGCUCCUGCCGCACGAGUCAACGGUGGCACACGAUCAGGCCCAUCAGCCACCCCCACCCCAUCUGCCACCAGCGACAACCGCUACGGUGCGCGGCGCCAUAAGUAGUAGCGAAGAAAUAUUGGCAACGACACUGGCUAAGGAGGCCAAGGAGGCAAAAGAUGGCAAGGAAGGCAAGGACUUGCAUAGAGCGAGCUCCAUUGUCCAUACACGACCUUCUACACCCACCGUGGUGACACACACGCACGAUGAAGACUACUCUGAGGAGGAGGAGGCACCCGCAGGCAAAGAGCAAGUCAAAAAACCGGCGGCCGAAGAGAAACGCGACACCUCGGAUUAAAUCACAAAUCGGAUUUUCUCAUAAAUCAACGAAUUUCAAUAAUGUGUUUUUUUCUUCUUUCUGUUAAACCUCAUGCCGCUACGGCGUUCAAGACUCGUCAACUGAGUGCACUCAUAGAGAUCGGCAUAUAAUUCGAUUUUACCCAUAAAGAUAAACAAACAUAUAUACACAUAUACUAGUUGGUUCCGUAAGCCAUAUAUAUAGCGCGUUUUUUUCUAAUAAAACCAAAAAUGGCGGUAA